AUGUCGCAAAACACUCGACUUUCAUACUCUGCAGCUGCAGGGUCCGCAGAUAUACCAAAGCCGCAACCAAAGCCGGUCAACAAACCACCCGCCAACCAGUCCUCGUCAAAUCACCGUCAGCAUGCCUCUGGAGAGCAGCAAGGCAGCCGACAUGGUGGACCAAGCCACAAAAGGAAUCAGUCGCCUUCAUAUAUCCCGCAGACAUCAUCUGCAGAAGAAGCAGUCUACGUCUUGACUCUUCUAACAGACGCCAAACACCACCGCACCUUGACCGAGACACGAAACAAGUACUUCCCUCCUCGGUUGAACAGACUCGAAGCACACAUCACUCUCUUCCAUGCACUACCCGGAAGUCAGCUCGAGGAAUCGAUCAAGCCAACUCUGAGGGAGAUCUCGAGCAAGACCUCGCAAUUCCAUCUCCUUGCCGCAACACCGUUCCGACUCAACAAAGGCAUCGCUAUCGGCCUGCCUAAAUCUUCUGGUGGUGACGAUGCUAGACAAGUCCACCAGCAAUUGAAGGCGGCUUGGGCGGACUUCUUGAGUCGUCAAGACGCUGGCGGGUUUGCAGCGCAUUACACCAUCAUGAACAAGGUCGAUGAUGAGAAGGAGGUACAAAAGGCUUUUGAGCAGGUGCAACAGGAAUGGAAAGGAUGCCACGGUACCGUCCUCGGUCUCUCCCUGUUCAAAUACGAUCGCGGAAACUGGGUGCAUAACGAGGACUUCAAGUUUGCGCCCAGUCAAUGA